CCCUGGAACAACAAUUGUGAGGGCUAACAGAGCAAGGACCCAGUGUGGCUGAGGCCAGGAUGAAGGAAAAUGAAGUGGACGUUCAGGUGGCCCAUUUCACAGUGGACAACCAGGACAUCUCCCUCUGGCCCCGAGACUCUCCUCCAAAGAAGGAGUCAUCGAUAUCCCUGAGGACCCUUACCUCUGUCCAUGUGGUUAUUAUUCUAAUGGCUCUGGUCCUGGCUGCCUUCCUCUUGGCCAUGGCCAUUCUCUACCCCCAGUUACUGGGCAAGAUAGAUGAUGUCAAGACCUCUGUCCACAUGCUCAAAGGCCGUGCGGAGAAUGUCAGUGUCUUUCUACGUUCUGAGAUCAGGAAGUUGAGAAACAAGUUGGAAGAUUCCCAUACUGAGCUCCAGAUGUUAAAUGGCACCUUGAGGGUUUCAAAUGCUCAGAUCCAGCUGCUGAAUUCUAAGUUGAAGAAUGCCAAUAAUCAGCUUCAAACAUUAAUGAGAGGUUGGCAAGAACUUGAUGACUUAAACUCUCAGAUUCCAAUGCUGAAACAGGAUUUGGCAAAAACUGGGGAACUCAAGACGAAAGUUGAACAGCUGAGGAAAGACCUUCAGACCCUGGGCACAUCACUGUCACGGCAACGUUAUAUUCUGGAGAUGGCAUCACAAGACUGGAAAUACUUCCAAGGGAACUUUUACUAUUUUUCUACCAAGAGAAAGUCUUGGUACAGUGCUGAACAGUUCUGCACCACUCGAGAUUCUCAUCUGACCUCAGUGACUUCAGCAAAAGAACAGGAGUUUCUUUAUAAGACAGCAGCAGGAAUUUCUUACUGGAUUGGCCUGACAAAAACAGGGUCUUCUGGCACAUGGCACUGGAUUGAUGGAACCCUAUAUAUUGAGAGGGAGAAUGCUCGGUUCUGGGCAAAGGGAGAACCUAAUAAUGGUUAUGGAAAUGAACACUGUGUGAAUUUAGAGAAAUCCUCUCUGAUGUCCUGGAAUGAUGUAAACUGUGACGGGGAGCUCCAGUUCAUUUGUAAGAAGAAUCCAAAGCCAUUAGAGAUGGACCAGUUGGACUAGUUCUAUGGUAGAAGCCUACUUCAGCCUGUCAGUUCCUUCCCAAUUGGAUACAAGGAUACUAUCCAGCCCCCCAGGAUCCACAGGGGCAUUUCUCCUUAGAUGAUCAGGUUUUAAUAUUAUAUCAAAACAUUCAGGGACCUGCAUAUACCACCCAUGACUCACUUUGUCUCACCAAACUGGGAAGAAGAAAACUAGGGGAAGAGAAUGGAGAGAAAAAGGCAUUGGAGGACCUGGGCUGGGGUUGUCUAGAGAAGGUCCUGAUAUAUCUCCUACCUGAGAUUUCACCAUUUCUGACAGGGACUCAAAACUUUGUGGUUCCCAUUGACUCUUUUCUCUUCUUCACUUCUCUACGUCCAAGCAGUUCUUCAGUCCCAUCCAUUUCUAACUCCUCAAUAUCUCUUCCAUCCUUACCUUCCUCUCUAUGCCCUUUGCUACCACCUGUAGCAGUGAGGUACAGGCUUUCCUUGCUGUCCAUCUAGACUAUUACAAUAGUCUCCACACUAUUUUUUCCCUGUCUCCUCUCACUUCCCAACUCCAAUCAUGAUUUAUAUCAUCGAUCUAGUAAUUUUUCUUUGUAAUAAAUUUCUGUUGAGUC